AGCUGCAAGAUUGGCUUUUGUCCUAAACCAUUUGUAGAUAUGGAUUUGCCAGAUGAAAGCCAGUGGGAUGAAACCACCUGUGACCUGGCUGUCUGUCAGCAUCCACAAUGCUGGGCAACUAUCCGCCGGAUUGAGAGGGGCCACCCUCGACUUCUGGACUCCUCCUCCAAAUCUUUUGUGGAUGCUGAAGACAAGCUCCCAGUGCUUACCAUUGUAAACAUCACAGAUUCCUGCUUCCCGACCAAGAGAGUUAUUCGUCGGCGUCACUUACCAGGAUUUACCUUCACAAAGGCUCACUCUUUAUUGAGUUCAAAGUUUGACUCCAAGUUUCAAGGCAGGCCUUGGAAGGAUUUACCUGACAGAGACUUAAUGAACCGUACUGAUAGAUCUCCCAAACUAUCAGUGCUGAAUCUGAAUGAGACAAAGCUUCCUUGCCCUCAAGAUGUAGGAAAUAUGGAUGUCAUCUGGAUCCCAGAGAAGCAUGUGAGCCCAGCUGAGGAGAAGCAUCUUAUUUGCAGCCAGGAUGGGAAUAUGAACAGAAAGAAAUCUCCAGGGAAACACAAGUCGGAACUUCCAGGGAUAAUUGUACCACCUCCCACCCCAGCACACUUGUAUGAGCAACUAAGUUCAGAAUCCUUACCUUUAUGGAACCAAUUUGACAUGUUGCCUCAGGAUCUACUGAAGGACCUCUUGCUGGAUAAAGGGAAAACCAUACUUUAUCCAGAGAUGCGGACACAGUUGGCCAUGAUGAAAAAGAAACCUCCCUUGGAAAAGAGCCGACCCAACAGUGCCAUUUCUGCUAAGAUGUAUUUAUCUGUACACCGCCUCACCCUUCAAAAACCAGCAUUGAGAUAUCCUGAACAUUUGAAGAAACACUGUUCUAACCUGAAAACAGAUGGUCAUAGGAAGCAGCAGCGGCAGCAACAGAGGAAGGUGAAGACAGCCGCUAGGAAACAGGAGGCGAAAAAGAGAUGCAGGAGUGAACCAGAGAGCCACAGCAGCUCGCGCAAGCCUCCAGGUCGCAAAACUCUACGAGGUCAGCAAAGUGACAAAAAGCGGCAGCAGCAGCAGAUGAAGACACGAGGCCCCCCCUCGAAACAGGAUUCCACAGAGAGACCACAGACAAACGUUGCUAAGAAAUUCCUGGACUCCUCCCGCAGUAAGAAGAGUCCCGAAUUAUCCCAAAUAGAAUACACUAAGAAGGACAUCAAGACUCAGAUGGAGAUUUUGCUGGAAGACCGAACGAGGACCCCAAAGAGUGCUUCUAGCGUCAGCUGGAACCCUGAGCUCAAACUGUUGAGGAUUCUUCAGGCCACAGAUGAAGAGGAUGAGGAGAUCCAUCCCUCUGGGGCACAGAGUGAAGUGUCCGAGGUGCAGGCGGAAGGAUGCUCGGGCUCCCACAGUGACCUUGGGACAUGAGGGCAGGAAGGAGAGGGGACUUCAACUCCCUGGAGCCCUUACCAGGGUCUGACCUUAGGGAUUCUGUUUUCUUCACUUGCUUCUACUUGCUUCUGAAAUAAGUGAGAGAAAAAGCCCGUUCUAACUUGGACUGUUUCUCUCCCUUUAGGGCCCAGGGUAAUUUUAGUGAUUAAACAGAGCCGCUGCUUAUCAAUAGACUCGUUUCUCUGUUUCUGGGUCACUUUUAUCUCCUCGCUGAAACGCUGAA